AUGAGGCCUUUACUCUGCCUCUCCGCUUUCCUUUUUUCCUUGUGCCUACACGGCGCCGAAAGUGCCAUUGACCCCGGUUCUGCCCGGGUCCAACUCUUCCGUGCUGCGGGGUUGUAUUCAGCUCUGCUGCUGCAGAGCCUAGAUGUCGACUUCGAAAUCCUGGAGGCAGACGGACGCGCGGGCGGAAGAAUCUACACCCAUUUUUUUGAUCCGGAGGGUUGGAAAAAGUCGAAUCCCCAGGAAGCUGCGUAUUACAAUUACUAUGAUGCGGGUGCCAUGAGGAUUCCCAUUAUGCCCUACAUGGACCGAGUGAUCGGGACUCAAAACUGGUCCGUCGUCAGCUACGUGAACACGCACGUUAGUGACCGAGCUGAUGCAAUUGAUCUGAUUCCAUACGUCUUCUCCGCGAACAAUACAUUCCAAAUGUAUAAUAAUAUAUCUGUUCAUGCCAACGUGACUCCCUUUGCCGCAACAUUUCAUGUCCUAACAACUGAAGGCGGGAAUAUCCCACCCUCCGACUUCGCCGUUAUCAAUCCCGAUACGAUAUACAGCGAUGCGGUUGCCGAACUGGUGGAUGCACUACAGCAGAACAUCGAUCAAGGAUAUACUAAGCUCAUGGAAUUCGACCAGUUGUCCGUCCGGGCAUACCUUUUGCAGAAAGGCUUUACCAACGCGCAGAUCAACUGGUUGGAGACCAUUGAGGAAGGAACGUUGUCCUUUGAUAAAGCAUCCCUUGCCCAGGCAGUCAUCGAACAAUGGAUAUUCACGGCUGCUCCUCUUGAUUCUUGGGUCACAAUCAACGGCGGGUUUGAACGACUAAUCCAUGGGCUUCUUAAAGUUCUGCAUCACCUGCCGAAACUGCUCAACCGCGUGACCGCCAUCAAGCCCGGACGAGCAGAUUCCCUCACAGUUGUCGUGAACCAUACAGUUGAGCAUUCUUAUGACUACGUAAUCAGCUCAAUCCCGCUUGGAGCGACAAGGCUCCUCGACACGUCCACAUUGUCAGAUCUCAAUUACAAUACCACAAUGGCGUGGCGCGCUCUAGCCUACGAUGACGCAGGCAAAAUUGGCAUUUGGUUUAAGACUCGCUGGUGGGAAAACCCUGAUGUGUUGCCUGCUCCUUUCGUCGGCGGGGGAUCAUCCACAGACCCUCCAAUCCGACGCUGCGUGUACCCAUCCUAUGGGCUUGAUGUCCAAGAUGCUCCAGGGACAAUGAUCGCCAGCUAUACAUGGAGUCAAGAUGCUGCUCGACUAGCUGCCUUUUACCAAAGUGCAGAACAGGAAGAAUUCAUAACGCACGUUGUCUUGGAGGAUAUGGCACGUCUACAUAACGUAUCUAUAUCGUUCCUCCAGGACCAGCUAGUGGAAGCACAUCUGUGGGACUGGUAUGACCACCCAUACUCAAUCGGUGCUUAUGCUCUGUUUAACCCGCACAAUUUUCAGAUGUCCUCCCGCCCCUGA